AUGUCUUCUCUGCAGAGAGGGAUUAAAAGCAAGAUCCACUGCCGCUCCCGGACGCUGUCCCUGGAAUUGACAGUUGGCUUCCUGCAGUUUUCCCCAUCUGAGGGAAACAGAAUCCCUCAGGCAAGAUCAGCACAGAUGGACCCCAACACGCUCUCCAUGGAACAGGGGAAGGAGUUCUUAAAGAAGUGUGGGAUCCCACAAAGAGAUAUUGAUUUGAUGACAGAGAAAUGGGUUGUUCUCGCCUCUGUGGAGGUUCUUCUGCGAUUUCCUCUGAGGUCAGGAGAGGAUCCAACCGCCCGCUGUGUCUCCAAUAAAAGAUGCCAGCCUUCCGUGGACCGGCCAUCCACAGUUUCACAGAGAUGUGGAUACCGAGAGGAGAGGAAACCCAACAACCAAUUAAUGAAGAAGACUGAUCGGAAAGUCAAGGACCUGCCACAGGUGGCAGGUGAUUCCAUCCGUCAUCAGGCUCAGAGGCCCAGGACAGCCAAGAACCCACAGAAGCAGCAGAGGAAACCCGUGCGGCCAAGGGCUCCCCCAGCAGACGAGAAGGAAUCCAGGGUGAAAUGCAAGAACUGUGGGGCCUUUGGGCACUCAGCCAGGAGCACAACCUGCCCCAUGAGGAGGUGGAGUGGGGCCCUUCCUCUGCAGCCCCUGGGCUCAUGCAAGGAGGGGGAGAAACUGAAGCCAGCAAAGCCUCAGCUACCCCAGGCUCCAGGGCCCUUUCUGAGGGAUGACAGAGAAAAGGAGCAAGGUUCAAGGCCCCAGCAGCAGCAGCAGCAGACCAAAGCUCCCACGAAGACACUUCCCAGGAAGCCCCAAGAGAAAGUGCAGGGAGCCUGGGAGGAGCCAGAGGAAGCCCAUUGGUACCUGAGGCACCCUACCAUGCCACUGCCGGUGCACAAUACCAAGAAGAGAUCUGUCCAGGGCCCUGGGCCCACAGGUCCGCCGCCUCUCAUCAAGACACCCGGGACGAGAUUAAGCAAACAACCAGAACUGAGCAGCUGUGGACCCACCAAGCGACAUGUUGGGGACAUUACUGCCUUCCAGCUCCCUGCUGUGACAAGUUCCCACCAAGUCUCCGCUCUCAGCGCCAGGCCACCAGCCAACAGGCCUGAAGUGUCCUCCCACGGUGCUCUCCAGCCUGCCAUGAAGACAUUUGCCCUGGGUCCUGGCCUUAAAUCCCAGGCAGAAGGUAGGCCCAAUGCAAAUGCAAAACCCAGAGCACAGCAUGUCAGACAAAAGUGUGGCCAAGAAUCCAGAACCCAGGCAGCAGGCAAGAAGCGUGUCCAGGUCCCCAUCCAGACUCCCCAGAACCCCACAAAGAAAGCAAGACUCGGCUCCUUCCCGACCCCCACACUGAGAACUCAGCUCCCUGAUGUGGGCGCUGUGCAGCCUCUCCAGCUUCACCCCGUGGCAACUGGACUCGGACCCAAACAGGCACCCAAGGCCACCACAAAGACAGGAGCCACUAAGACAGCAACUGAACACCCCAGAGUCAACCUCCAGUCCCCCGCAGCCAGCUCACCUUUCCUGGGCCCAGCCCAGGGCUGCCCCAUCCUCCAGCCUGGACCUCCCAUUCCUGUUCCAGGGAGGCCUGGCAGUGUCACUUUCAUGAGAGGGGGCCAGGGACAGGAGAGCUCCAGGUUCAGAAUGCCCCCCACAUCCUGCCCUCCCGAGGACUGGACUUCUGGUCAGAGCUCUCACUUCUCAAAGGAGUCUGAGGGUCAGGGUCCCCAGGUCACAAGGAGUGUCCUCUAUGAGGACCUCCAGAUCUCUUCCUCCUCUGAGGACAGUGACAGUGACUGACACCCCCAAGACAGGAAGACCUGGCCUCAAGCCCAUAUGACUUGGGAGUGGCUGAAAG